AUGGUUAAUCUCCCCAACCAAAUGAGGCCUAAGUGUGAUAAAGAGGAUAAUAAAGUAGUGCAGCUCCUUACCAAGUUGGUUCCGGCUAAUAAUUUCUCAAUGAUUGUCAGAUUUCGAUGCAUGUGCAACGCUCUCCAUAUUCUUUUAUGUGGUGUAAACCAAAUUCAGUGUGUUGAGCUGCUUUCAGAGCAAACCCAAAGGAAGACAUCCAAAGAAGCCAAGGUGAAAGAUCAAAGAGCGCUGUCCAUUAUCCAACUCGGUGUAGAUGAUAGUAACUUUGAGAAAAUUUCUCAAGCUACUACGGCGAAGCAAGCGUGGGAUAUUCUUAGCAAUGCUUUCAAAGGCGUUGAUAAGAUGAAGAAGGUACAACUCCAAUCACUUCGUGGAGAGUUCGAGUCUUUGAAUAUGAGAGACUCCGAAGAAGUUUCCGACUACUUGUCAAGGUUCGACUACAUUGUCGUGGCAAUUGAAGAGUCAAAUGACAUUGAGAGUCUUAAAGUGAACGAGGUAUUAGGCAAGUUACAAGUCCAUGAGGAUAAGAUCAAGAGGCGAAACAAAGGGCCCGAAGUUGAACAAACCCUUCAAGUAAAGACGAACCUUGCCGACCAACCAAAAUACGAUGGUGCUCGAUUUCGAGGCAGAGGUAGAGGCCGUGGUCGUGGACGCGGUCGUGGUCGUGGUAGAGGUCGUGAAGGACAAUCCUCGUACGACAAUGAUGAUACGAAGCAAGAGAAUCGACCAACAAGAGGUCAUGGACGAGGAGAAUUCAAUCGGCGUCAAGACAAGAAAGAUGUUGAAUGUUACAAUUGUCACAAAUACGGACACUAUGCUUGGGAGUGUCGAAAUGAGUCAAACGAUGAGAAGACUCAUUAUGUUGAAGCGACGGAAAAACAAGUUGCCGAGCUAUCCCUAAUGGCGUGUAAAGAAUCGAGGGAUGAGUAA